UGCUUUAGGCCCUUUCUGUUUGAAUGGCGCUUCUUUAGUUUGUAUCUCAGCAGUACAUUCAUUGCUGGAGGAAAGAGAAGACGAGAAUAAGCAUGUUAGAUUGAUUCGUGUAUUUUUUUUUUGUUAAGGCAUAUCCUAGAAAAGUAUGAAAACUUGCAUAUGGCUCAACCUUCUCAAAUUGACAAAGACAGUGCCAGCAAGCCCGUACCUCCCAGACUUUUUAGUUUAUUUCCGAAUCCUGGAUUGGGCUGGCGAUUUAUAAAGGUCGAUGCUCAGAACCUCACAGGCAUUUUCCCCGAGGCAAAACAUGAAAAGCAAAUCAACGAGUCCCCAUUUGAUCAUAACCAAAGGCAAUUCUUCCAUAUGUUUGACUUUAAAAAGCUGGGAUUUCGAAGUUGGGAAGAGCUCAAGAAUAUACCCGAGCAAAGAGGAAGAAUGCUCCUUAAUGGAAUGUAUACCGACGGCUACACGUGUAGAUUGCUGUUCUGUAGGAAGGUGCUUCCGGCGUCGGCAGCAGAUGACGUUUCUCUAGAAUUAAAUGAUUUUACGACUGACGAAAUAGAAGAAUACUUUCGUCCAUGUACUGUGGGCCCAGGAAGAAAGGAUGCCUUUGUCUCUUAUCACGGAGGUACCGAUGUACGCCGCUUGUCCUCUGCUGAGUACUACGGUAUGGGUGGAGCUAUAAAACGACAGAAAGUACAGCAAGAACGCAAAAAAAAGCUUAGGCAUUGAAAGCAUUGAAACAAAUAUGCCAGCAUCGAAAACUGCAUCUAUUCAACGACACAUGACAUAUCUAAAUUAUAUACUGCGACACGUGGACAUCUUGCUGAA